AUGUCAUACUGGCCAUCCCAGUUUAGCGACUAUGGCAGCAUCAAUGCCACCCAGAAUCAACCAGAAAAGCAAGAUCCUAAGGUGACAAAAGAGACAUACAACCGCCGCAUUCAGGAAUUGAAGCGGAAGUUUGAGGAAGAUGUAAAUGUGAUUGCGAACGAAUUUUCAGGUCGGCACGUCCAUCAUUCUGCUGCUCAAAUUCGAGGCCAGAUCCUCUAUACGAUGGCAGAGGACAAAAAAACCCGGAGCCCGCAUAUUAGCAAUGCAUGGGCCCACGCCACUGCGGAUGUGGGUCGCCUGGACACGGAAUCGUUCACAGACAUGCCAUACGAUACUGCUUACAUGGAUUUGUUAAGGGAUAUCAAAGCGGGGGUUGUUACCCAGGAGGAUGUGGGCGAUCCUCAGACGCCUGAGGAUGAAUACAACCACAAGUUACUGCUGGACGCAGUCUUGGUCAGUCGCCAACAUCGUACGGCCAAGAGGCACAUAAUAUCGCCUGAGCUUAGCGCCCACCGACUAGCGCUUCACGCGAAGGACCAGCUUCAAAAAACGGCUACCCGCAUUCAUGAGACAUGCGGCAUUGAGGUCCUUAUCAUGAUGACGAAGAGCCGGGUGGAGGACGUCUUCACCCCGUAUGUGUGGGCAACACCACGUGCCAAGGAGUAUUGGGUGGUUGGGGCGGCCCAAAACAUGACUUCUCGUGCCCAGGAGAUGGAAGGCUUCUGUAUAUCAAACAUUAGAGGCAUGGCCAAGGUCGCUGAAGAGACGAUCAAGGAACUACGUACUAGACUAGCUGGCCUGACAACGGAUAGGCUUUAUUUACCAGGCAGUGCAGCGAAGGACAAAUUCGUUGGAAUGAAAUGGGAAAAGGAAGGGUAUCUUCAAUUGGUAUCUGGCUUGAAGCUCAAGAUCGAUUCAUACCCGUUUGAUGAGAUAAAAGCGCCAAAGUGGCUUAGAAAGGCGGAGUUGAUGAAACUAAUCGAAGGGUGGGAGCAUGGAUCUAUCAAGUGGGUAACAGCAUCCAACGACGAAAUCGAGAGUGCCCAACAAGAACUAUCUCGACUUGCAAGGGAGAAAGUGGAUUGUACGGUGAACCGUCGACAGAGUGCUACGAACAAGGCCAACAGCAGCACGUCCACACCAGAUAUGGUUCUGCGGUUCGACUCCCAGAAUGUCCAUAUUUUAGCAUUUAGGUUCCCAAGACCACGUGUACAAAUUCCAACAUGGUGGACAUUCUACGGAAGUCACCGAGCACACCCAAAUCCGGUUGCUGCCACCCGGCCUGACAAAGUUUCAGGGGGUGUAGCUCAGAGCACUAAGGACCCAAAUCCGGCUGCUUCAGACCACAUGAUGUGGACAUGUAGGAGAUUAGCAGGGGUGACGGCUCACGGGCUGUUGGAAGCCCGGUGGUUAGGGUCACAUGUGGAUCACGGGCUCAAUCCAAUGUGA